AUGAACACAGAAACAAGAGGAUGGGUAACAUAUAACGAUUUAAGGACAGAGGUGCCUACACCUCAGGGGGACCAAGUUGGCAGUUCGCCACGGCAGUUGUCUGAAAAACAUCCUUUGGAAGACAGUUGUCACUUUCAUCUUCAACAGAAGGUUCCAAAGCGCCGGAAAUUAAAUGGGAAAUUAAAAAAUCACCAAUCACAGAUCCAAGCACGAUAUGAGUCAAGUAAUUCUCCAGUGAACUUUACUCGUGGAAAUCCAAAGCACAUUAUACUUCCAGCGCAACAAUUCCGACAGGAGUCACAAUUUGUUAUCUCAAAAGAAUUUAGUCCUUCUUUGGAAUUUCCACAGCAGCAAAAUCUAGUAAUGAAUGACAAUAUUACAAUUAAUGAGAAGACCUCGAAAAUCACAAGGAAACAACCAUCCACAGAUACUUUUCCCAUUAAUGCGUUCAAUUCUGAUUCUUCAACGGUUACCGAUCACCCUGAUGCUCCAGAAAACGAUCAAGAAUUUGCGAUCCUCAACAUUAUUCCAUCCUUAAUAAGUGAAAAAAGUCGUAAAGCUGCAUUUGUCGAAAACUUAGUCGAUGCGGCAGGCCUCAUUAUUGAGUUAAUUUGGGCCAAUUUUUCCGUUAGCCCGUGCGCAAAAAUAAUUACCCUACGUGUCUUUCUCCAAGAAACUUUGAGACGUUCGCGCACUUCUUAUUCUACACUCCAAACCGCUUUAUUCUACCUAAUUCGGAUUAAAGCCAAAAUUGCUUCCCUAUCUCAAAGACACGAUUAUCCCUUAACCCCGACCUCCGAGAAUCCCCCGGAUUUAAUUCAAAACAAUGAUCCCGCUACCUGCGGUAGACGCAUGUUUCUAGCGGCACUAAUUGUCGCAUCGAAAUACCUCCAAGAUCGUAAUUACUCUAACCGCGCUUGGUCCAAGAUUUCCGGACUUCCGGUCAAUGAAAUUAAUGCAAAUGAGAUUUGUUUUCUUAGAUUGAUAGAUUACAAUUUGUUUAUAUCAGAGGACAUCUUUAAGCGUUGGAGCAGCCUCUUGCUAAAGCAUAUCCAGGCAAUUUCAGGAUCCGAAAUCACGACCGCAGAUGCGUUUAGGAAAGCCGAAAAUCGAAGAGAAGUCAUAAGGUUCAGAGAGGCCUUGAAGCUUAUAGACCCUAGGACUAUGGAAUGCAAACGUGCCACUAUUUAUCCCAUUACUCCUGCAGUGAGUGCUCCGGGAUCUCCACGUGAACAGCAAAAUGACAUUUUCCAUAAUCCACCAAUGCUACGUCUAAAACUUGGACAAAGCAUAGUUAACAAAAGCGUACUUUAUUUGGAACAACAAAACCGUAAAUCAUAUGAGCAUGAUGUUCAAUCUUGUAAUAUCUCGUCUUCGCAAGCUUUACUUAUCACUCCUCAAGCUACACCUGUCUUCCCCCCUCAGGCAUCCCUCUCUCGAACACAUAUGCCAAUCACAAAUUCCUUUUCUCUCCAACAAACAAGCGCUUCUCAAUGUGAUCUAAAUCUUUCGGAACAAUCUCUUCAUAAUAAUCCAACGAAGGAGAGUUCUGUUUCCAUACCCACCCCUAUUUACUUUAAGAACCCCUCAUGUAGUUUAUCCCGAUCUAAGAGUUGCAGUGAUUCUUCACCAUCUUCUGCAAGUCGAUCUCUUAACUUUGAAAAGUUUAACGAAUCAAGAAAUACUACAGAACUUAUAAGUAAUGUGCACAUUCCGAAUAAUUGUAGCGAAACCACUUUUGAAAGUCGCAGAAUCCUUCUCAGAUCCUCAGCAUAA